CAUUCCUUGAAUGCAACUGUUGCUUCUUGUUCCGCAGCAACAAUGGCUACGAGCUGUCACAUAUGGAGACCAGACCGAGGACGGAGCUGGAAACAUUAUGGGAUAUUUGUCAUAUUGUUUAUGGAUUUGUCUCUACAGUGCGUAAAUGGAUACCUGAGUUCUCCUCAUGUUGGCCAGGACCCUCCCUACACAAGAGACGCCCAGCAUGGGGCUAUCAUCACCAGCCCGGUGGUCCCAGCUGUAGCUUCUGUGCCGCCCACAGAUGAGGAGAGCUACACUUCUAAAUGUCCAAGCGGAGGUCCGUGUGAUCGCCUGCCAGCCAGCUGCAUUCAGUGCAAUCAUCGAUACAACUGCACUUACGGGAAACCGGCGGAUUUCACCUGUAAACCCAAGAAAGGCGUUCACUGCGUAGGAAAGUCAGGAGAGCAGCAGAGCAACUUUACUCUCUCCAUCAUCUGUCAGUUCUGCUGGCAGCUGAACACGUCUGCGUACCGCUGCUCAAAUCCCACCAACUGUAUGACUGUGGCCUGUCCCCGCAAGCGCUACAACGCCACCUGCGACGUCUUUGACCACGUGCAUUGUCUAGGCAACAGGCGUUUUCAGAAGCGUUUGUUCUGUAAUUGGACUGGUGGUUACAAAUGGUCAACAGCACUC